AUGCCAAGGAGGAAGCAGGAGCAGCCCAAGCGCCUGCCUUCACAUGUGGACGGCAACGAGGAUGGAGGGGCCGAUGGGGGUGCUGUUGAGGAGGAAGGCUGGUUUGGGAACGCCUCUGAUACGCGCUCAGAGUCGUCCUCUUUCGGAGACGGCCCAGAUGAUCUCCUCCUGCACAGAGGGUCCUCUCCUGACGAGCAGCCCGGGCUCAGCGCCGGGCCCGGGGAUCACGACGCCUGCGGAGUGGAGAGCGCACUGGGCUGCUCGACACCAAUCCACCCUGCCUCUUUGGAACUUCUCGGCCUGGACGGAGGUGCAUUCUCGGCCCAGGACACACUCUCUUCUGUGGUGUCGUCGCUGUACGGUGAGACAGCAUCUCGAGCCCUGGGAAAGCCCCUCAGCAGCAACCUGCGGCGCCUCCUAGAAGCCGGGUCGCUCAAACUUGAUACCGGGGACGCCCUCGGCCGUUCAUCCCGGGGAAGUGCCGGGGGGGAAUCGCCUCCGAUUGCUCUGGCCCCACCAUUGACCCUCUCCCCAUCGUCCCACCAUGCCCAACAGUUAAGUGCUCUUGCCCGAAAACUUGCCAAUAACCACAACAAUAGCGGCUCUGCCUCGCCGGCCUCCUUGGCACCCUCGAUCACCAACAUUAAGCAAGAGCCUCUUGAUCCCUUUAACUCUGUUAACCCUAGCAAUGGCAGUGGCUUUGUAUGGGCAGGUGUAGCGGAUAAGUGGCCGCCGGCCGCAUGCUCUACGCCCUGUGGCUCCAGCCUGUCCCCCGACUCGGCAAUCCAGAAGUUAAAAGCAGCAGCCAAUGCCGUUCUUCAAGACAAGAACGCGGUGGCUUCUUCUUCGACAACAUCCUCCUCUUCCUCCACCUCUGCCUCGUCUGCAGUGCCCGCCCUGGGUGGCGGUGGCCGAGGGGAUGACGUGGUGCGCUUUGAUGCCUUCAACUCUCCAUUUAGCCCGCAGUCAGCCAGCUCUACGCUCGCUGCUCUUUCCAAGAAAGUCAGCGAGAGGAGCCAGGCGUCGUCGACCGCCAGCGCAGCUUCAGACCACCAGGCCUCAGCGAGUUCCUUUCUCUCGCUUGUGUCGAUGACCUCCUCGGCUGCCUUGUUGAAAGAAGUGGCAGCCAGAGCGGCAGGAAACCUACUGGCAGAGAAGAAGGAAGGUUCCCCCUUGGCACCUGCAGGGGCCCUCCAAGAGGAUGUGAAGCCCCUGCUGGACAAGAACCAGAAGGCCUCGGCGCCCUCGACUCCCACCCAGAGCCUAGAGCUGCUGAUGCCCUCUACUCCAAAGGGCAGAGGCAAACCAAACAACCAAGCAGGCUCUCCGGAGGAUGGUGGCAAACCGUUUCAGUGUCCUGUGUGUGGACUGGUCAUCAAACGUAAGAGCUACUGGAAGAGACACAUGGUCAUUCACACGGGCUUGAAAAGCCAUCAGUGUCCACUGUGUCCUUUUCGCUGUGCUCGCAAAGACAAUCUCAAGUCCCACAUGAAGGUACAUCAGCACCAGGACCGGGGCGAGACUUUUCAGUGCGAACUUUGUCCCUUUACCUCCUCCCGACAUUUCAGCCUGAAGCUUCACAUGCGCUGCCACCAGCACUUUCCCCGCACAGACGUCAAGGUGAAAGAGGAGCUCACCACCGACACGGAGGGCGAGGGCUCCCUGUUGGGCGACAGUGGUUCCACGGACCUGAGAGCAGCAGACGUGUCCCCACUGCACUCAGACAGCCAGCAGCAGACUUCCCCUCCUGCCGAGGCCUCCUCAAACCAUGUCCACAUAAAGGAGGAACCGCAGGAGAGAGACCUGUCUGUGCUCUCUCCCUUCAGCAUCUGCAGGGACCGAGCCAGCAGCAGCGCCAACUCCCUGGAUCUACCUGGAGUCGGGGUUGGAGUUGGAGUGAGGUCAAGUCCCAGUGGUCCAACCGCAGCCUCCAUCUUCAGCCCUGACAUCACUACCAAAACAGCCACUGACCUGCUUAUGAAGCUCUCAGCGGCCAACCAGAGGGAAACACUCAAGUCUCCAUUCCACCUGAAGGAAGAGCCCAAAGUGGAGGAGGCCCCGAGCCCCAGACCGUCCUCACAGUCUCAGAGUCAGCUUCAGUCCAGCUUCCCGGCCAGCUUCUGCCAGGACGGGCCGGCGGGCGCUCCAGCAUCCACAGAGCGCCCGGGCUCACUGAAACCCAGGGAAGGCAGCCCCAUGGCUAAGAACAGCCUGCUUAGCCAGGAUAUCAACGUGAAGGUGGCCUCAGAGCUGCUGAUUAAGCUUUCCGAAAACAACAAAGAUGCCCAGUACCAGAAGGUGAAAGUAAAGCCAGAGCCCAUGGAGGUGGACCCGCCCCCUGCAGAACUCACCCCACCUGCCUCUCACCUCCUGGCCUUCAGCACUUUAAGAGCGAGUGAAAAGACUGAGCCAAUGAGCAACCUCCCAGAGACGUUGGCGUGUCCCCAGAAAGAUCUCUUCUCUCAAGACAUAUCGGUCAAAAUGGCGUCUGAGCUAUUGUUCAAAUUGUCAGAAAAAGUCAGCAAAGCCAACAACCACAAAGACAGUAACAUGGUUGGAAUAAACAGUCCGUUCCUGGACGACUGCUUCAGACAAUCACCCUUUAACUCACGCUCCAAGAGCUCAUCCCCCGCAGAGGCCAGCUCCUCCACCAGGGUAGCAUUCCACGACUCCGAGAAGAGUGACGGCGAGCCGGGAAACGGGAUCGCUCAGUGGAGGAUCCACGAGCAGCUCUUCCCCUGUCCCGUCUGUGGGAAAGUGUUCGGCCGGCAGCAGACGCUGUCCAGACAUCUGUCCCUACACACAGAGGAGAGGAAGUACAAGUGUCACCUGUGUCCUUACGCAGCCAAGUGCAGGGCUAACCUCAAUCAGCACCUGACCAUCCACUCUGUCAAGCUGGUCAACACAGACGCCGAGCAGAUCGUCAGCGCUGUUACAGCCGACUCCGCUGAGCGCAAGAACUGCCCUUACUACUACAGCUGCCAUGUGUGUGGUUUCCAGACGGAGCUGAAUGCCCAGUUUGUCAGCCACAUGUCGCUCCAUGUGGACAAGGAGCAGUGGAUGUUCUCUCUGUGCUGCAGCGUCUGCGACUACGUCUGCAUGGAGGAGAACGACAUGAAGAGCCACAUCAGUACCGGACACGCAGCUUUGAACUCGAGAAGUCCCCUCAGCGAGACCAAGAGCACCUCAUCAUCUCUAUCAGCCCUCAGCGACUCGCUCAACAGCUCUGAGGGGGGAGACCUCAUCCACGGUAACGAAGAACUCAAGAGCCUGCUAGCUCCUCCCUCCUCAGCAGGGAGCCAGGCCAGCUCCGGAAGUCACUCAGGAUCAGGGACCGAGGACAAGGCCGACAAAGGUUUUGAGUGUGUCUUCUGCAACUUUGUGUGCAAGACGCGCAGCAUGUACGAGCGGCACCUGCAGAUCCACCUCAUCACGCGAAUGUUUGAGUGCGACGUUUGCCACAAGUUUCUCAAGACGCCCGAGCAGCUGCUUGAGCACAAGAAGUGCCACACCGUCCCCUCCGGAGGGCUCAAGGUUUGUGAAGCGCUUUGGGGCCCAGAGCAGAUGAAAGGUGCUAUUUAAAUGUGCCCUUUUUGCAUCUACUCCACCAAUCGUCCAGCGGCCAUGGAGUGCCACCUGAAGACGCACUGUAAGAUGGAGUACCGCUGCCGCAUCUGCCAGGGCCUGUGGCCGGACCAGGCCUCGCUGGAGGCCCACAUGCGGGGGCACCGCUUGGGCAACCACUACAAGUGCGAGCAGUGUGGCUACCUGUCCAAAACGGCCAACAAGCUGAUCGAGCACGUGCGCGUGCACACGGGCGAGCGGCCCUUCCACUGCGACCGCUGCUCGUACAGCUGCAAGCGCAAGGACAACCUCAACCUGCACAAGAAGCUCAAGCACGCGCCGCGCCAGACUUUCGGCUGCCGAGAGUGCCCUUUCACCACC